CGUCUCUGUUUCCCCAGCGCGGUGGGUAAAACGUGCUUGUUGAUAAGCUACACCACCAACGCAUUUCCCGGGGAGUACAUUCCAACGGUGUUCGACAAUUACUCGGCGAAUGUGAUGGUAGACGGGAAGCCGAUCAAUCUCGGCCUGUGGGACACCGCGGGACAGGAGGAUUAUGACAGACUACGGCCGUUGUCCUAUCCGCAAACCGACGUCUUUCUGAUCUGCUUCUCGCUGGUGAACCCGGCGAGCUUCGAGAACGUGCGCGCCAAGUGGUAUCCGGAAGUGCGCCACCACUGUCCGGCCACUCCGAUUAUCCUGGUCGGCACUAAGCUGGAUCUGCGCGAGGACAAGGAGACCAUCGAGCGUUUGAAAGACAAGAAGCUGGCCCCCAUUACUUACCCUCAGGGCUUGGCAAUGGCAAAAGAGAUCGGCGCUGUGAAAUAUUUGGAGUGCUCCGCCCUGACGCAGAAAGGCUUGAAGACUGUGUUCGACGAGGCGAUACGCGCCGUGCUGUGCCCCGUUCUACAAGUGAAGCCAAAGCGCAGAUGUUUCCUUCUAUAAUAUUAAAUGUAUCCCUCUUUGCACGUUGGUACUGGAAUGUGUUAAAAAAGUGUCCUCGUCGUCUCAUCUCCAGUGUACCAAUUGGAUCGAUUCGGGUGAAUUACCGACUAUUUGGAACCCCAGUUGUACCAGCCUACGUCAGCAAAGAGGCUGCAAACAUCUGCCAGCACAUAAGCGCACAAACGUCAGUUCGGUAUAAAUUUCCAGCGAGCAAAACUAAAGAGGGUUCACAGGGAAUCGUGAGAAUUCGCAAAGUAUAAAUUUACUCUUACGUGGCCUCCAGCACACCCUAAGGAAAAGAAAAAUUAAGGAGGUCUCCUGCUGUCUACGCGAGUAAAAAAAAACAACUUCCAGUCUAGACAGUCUGAUUAUAUUAUAUAGGGCUAUAAAUGCGAAUCGACUGGAUGUUCUAAGCGAAAGGAGUGUAAAAGAAGCCAAAAUAACUGAACUAACCGCUGUACAGUAUACUAGAAGUACGUUAAUAAUAUUACAAUUAAUAAUUAUAUAAUGAAUGGUAAAAGAAAAAAAAAGCAAAUAUUACCAUAUGAUUGUAUAAGCGUCCGAACACUGACUGUAUAACACUGAUCAGUUUAAUCAAAGAGGAAAACCAUUUUAUGCUAUUUGCUAUUGUACAUUUUAGGUAGGACACGUAUAGUUAACGCAUUUAAAAUGGAAAAAAAAAGAAAGCCCGUAGUUUUCCUUAUCGCGAAGGAUUUCAAUAUGCAUCAAGAUAUGAAUUCAAGGAGAGAAAGAGAGAGAAUAUUUUUUAGAGAUAUGUGCGUAGAAUACAUGGCAAACCCCUCUCCUGUUUGGACGAUAUUCGUAUAGAUGUUCAUUGUAAAUGUGAAUAAUGGUAACCCCACGCAUAUACACAUUUCUCCAAGUACUUAGAGCAACCGCAAGUAUUUUCUCUUGAUUCCGAACAUUCGACGCAAUAUACGACGUGUGUCCCAAAAGUAUCCGACCUCUGCAUAUAUCCAUCCUAUUGCGGAAAACAGGCAUUCAGUAUUUAAGGUGGACCUUUAGAAGUACCCCAAGAAGUACCAAGCGGUACGACCCAACACCUGUUCAGUCGGCAACGGUACGCAGUUGUGUGAGCGUCGCUCACUCCAUGGAUAAAGAUAUAUGCAGAGGUCGGAUACUUUUGGGACACACCUCGUAUGUUGUCGAAAGCUUUAAACGAAGCUUCGACAGAGCUGCUUUCACAAAGGGAAUCCGUUAGCCUCUGAAUCUGUUACGUUCGUGAAGGUCCUAGGUUUAUUUGAGAAAUUGUAUAUAAAAUCCAAUUGAAGGCGUUAGAUGCGUUAAUGCCAUUCAAUGUUCACUGUGCACGUCCUAUAUUUAAUUCUGUUCAUACGCAACGGUUUAACAAUAGUUUCGCUUUGAUGGUGAGUUCAUGACGAUUUUGAAAACGAACAAUUAACCGGUAGGCACGCGAGAAAGAUUUCAAAAAAAAAACGACCUGAUAGUUACAUUUUUCCAAGCGGAGUCGGUAGCGCAGCGGCCGCAUAACAUGGCUUCCUUCUUCCACUAAAUUGGUUAACAUUAUCGUAAAUGUUACGUACCAUAAUUUAAGAAAAGGAAAAAAAAAUAGCUAACUGUACAAGAGUUCUAGAUGUAUGUGAUAUAAGUAUAAAUGUUAAGCCGAGUUUAACGAUUUCUCUGCUCCGUGUUGUCCUGAGCUUGCGAGCGUCUCUUGCGCGAUAUCAUCUGUGAUUAGGGCGCACAAAUUCAUCGCGUCCUAUCUCACAGGUAUUUAUCGUGUUAUCGGGCUGGAAUC